UAGCAGUGUUUCAUGACAGGGACGGUCUAAUGAAUGUUCUUAGUUCGUGUGUAAAAAUUUAAACGCAUAAAUUGUAUUCCAAAUUGAACAGUCAACAAACUUUUGUUUAUUUCAUUGAGUGAAUUGAUUUGUUUCUGCGGAUAAUACUCGAUUAUGAACCAUCCAUACGUGUCUUGAAAUAGUGGAUUAAGGACUGACGUCGACACAUUAGUGAAUAAAUGAACUACGGAACAGUGUUCUACAUACCCAUGCUAUUUCAAGAAGUUGAAGAUUUAUUUUCAAAUUGGAAAGUCACAAGUAUUGGAAUAACAUUAAUUUGGCCAUAUGAAAUGUUAUGGCAAACUUGAAUUUUCAGCAAGCACCAAGAAGCCUAGGGAGCGGCGGCGUGGGCGGACGCGUGAGCUCAGGUCUAGUGGGGGGAGUGUCGGGGCAUGUGACGCCCACGUUCGGGGGCGCGCUGUCGCCGGGCCGGGGCUCCACGGCCAUGCCCGGCGGCGCUCCGCCCUCCAUGGCCUCCAGAGCGACGCUCUUCGGCCAGCGAGCGUUUGCUGACAGGAGGGUGCCCAUGCCCACCACACUGUCACAGCAACCCAACUCUAAUUCCAUGUCGAGUAUGGGCAACCUAUCUCGAUUCAACGCCGGCAGCAACUACCACUCGGUAUUUGGAGAAGGCGGCGACACGUCGACGCCGCCCCUCCUGGACCUCAGUGAGUUCCCCUCGCUGACGGCGCGGGGCGCCGGCGACCAGGCGCCCGCCGCCGCGCCUCCGCCCCCCGGCUCUAAACCUUACGUGGGUAUGGUGAAGCAGCCGACGUCGGAGCAGUCGGAGUUCACGAUGUCGUCGGAGGACUUCCCCGCGCUGCCGGGCACGUCGGGCGGCGGCGGCGCGCCCGACCAGCCCGACUACAGCCACAGCGACAAGCUGCGCAAGCAGGGCAUCCAGACCGACGCCGACGUUAUCCCACCACCAGCACCUGCGGAAAUAUAUGGUAAAGUAACGAACAUACCAGACACGAUGAUUCCUAACCAGUUCGGCAUCGUGGGCCUGCUGACGUUCAUCCGGGCGGCCGAGACUGACCCCAGCCUGGUGUCGUUGGCGCUAGGGCAGGAUCUCACAGCGUUAGGGUUGAAUUUAAAUUCGCCUGACAACCUUUAUCUCACCUUCGCUGGACCUUGGGCGGAUACGCCCUGCAGACCACAAGACUUAGAUUACCACGUGCCUCCCGAAUACCUGAUAAACGGCUCUAUCAGAGAAAAGCUGGCGCCUCUGCGACUGAGUCGAUAUAAGGAAGACCUGCUAUUCUACUUGUUCUACUGCUUCGUCGGCGACGUGCUGCAGAUAGCCGCCGCCGCUGAGUUAUACAACCGCGAGUGGCGGUACCACAUGGAGGAGAAGGUGUGGAUCUCGCAAGCGCCGGGCAUGCCCAUGGUGGAGAAGACCACCACCUACGAGCGCGGCACCUACUACUUCUUUGAUGCGCACAACUGGCGCAAGGUGGCGAAGGAAUUCCACCUGGACUACAGCAAGCUGGAGGGGCGGCCGCAGCUGCCGCCGCACGUGCUGACGUAGCGGCCCCGCGCCCACACACCUAUUGUAGUUUUGUUAUAUAAAAAGUACAAGUUUAAAAAUUUA